GGGGCGGGAGAGGGCAGUGUGCCCGCGGCCGUGAGUCCAGCGCCUCGGCGCGCCGCUCAGUGCCUGCCGGAGGUGGGCGAGAGGGUGCGAGAGCGCGGCGCUGGGGAGGAGCCGGGUGCGUCCCGGGAGUCGGCUGGAGCGCGGAGCCCCCUGCAGGGGAGGAGGCGAGCGGCGGGCGCGCCACCAUGCAGUCCCGGCCCGGCCAGCGCCGGCUGCUCGCCGUGCUGUGAGGCAGCGCAGUGGGGAGAGCCCCGGCCGGCUGCCGCGCGCCUCGCCUGCCUCCGGCCCAGGUGCUGCCCGGGCGCGCCCGCCCGCCCUGCGUCUGACUCCCCGGACCGCCCCCUGCCCUCCCCACCCCCCAGUGGAACGCACUGCCCGCAUCCAGCCCUGCUGCGGCCGAAUCAUGCGGGAGGCUCUGGAGGAGGAGAGGACGAGUGACUGGCCUGCGCCGACUGUGUUCGGGAGGCGGCCGCCUCUCUGAGAUGCCCCCACCUGCUGCCAUGUGCUGCCACAGCGGGUACCCAGGCUGUCGCUAAACUUUCCGGGCGCUGACCCCCGGCUCCCAGUCGCGUUUCUGAGCACAGUGUCCUGAAGAGGAAGGACUUGGGCUGGCUGCGGACCAUCUGCACCUCUUCGGUGGGAUCUGCGGAGUCCUGGCAUCAGAGCCCCAACCGUUCCUCCCUGGCGCUAUCCUGCGAGCGGCCCAGCGCUAUUGGAGCCGAUCGCAGUGCCUUCCCCGAGCACUUUAUCCUGGGACGGAUUUCUCGAAAAGAAAAAGAAACCAACAGGUUGCCAGCCCCGGCGCUCCCGCGCGCACCCCAGACGCCGAGAGGGAAGCCCCGGGCCCCCGGAUUUGCUUGCCUGCUCUGGCCACGCUCAGGCAGCAGCAGGAGGCGAGGGGAGGAGGAGGGAAGGGGCCAUGGCUCGGCCCGAGCCGUCCGCGCCGCCCUCGCUGCUGCUGUUGCUCCUGGCGCAGCUGGCGGGCCGGGCGGCGGCUGCCUCCAAGGCCCCGGUGUGCCAGGAAAUCACGGUGCCCAUGUGCCGCGGCAUCGGCUACAAUCUGACGCACAUGCCCAACCAGUUCAACCACGACACGCAGGACGAGGCCGGCCUGGAGGUGCACCAGUUUUGGCCGCUAGUGGAGAUCCACUGCUCGCCGGACCUGCGCUUUUUCCUGUGCUCCAUGUACACCCCCAUCUGCCUGCCGGACUACCAUAAGCCACUGCCACCCUGCCGCUCGGUGUGCGAGCGCGCCAAGGCCGGGUGCUCGCCACUUAUGCGCCAGUACGGCUUCGCCUGGCCCGAGCGCAUGAGCUGCGACCGUCUGCCGGUGCUGGGCCGGGACGCCGAGGUCCUGUGCAUGGAUUACAACCGCAGCGAGGCCACCACGGCGCCUCCCAGGCACUUCCCGGCCAAGCCUACAGCCGCCGGCCCGCCUGGAGUGCCGGCCGCUGGGACAGAGUGCGCCGCGGGCGGGCCGUCCGUGUGCAAGUGCCGCGAGCCCUUCGUGCCCAUCCUGAAGGAGUCGCACCCGCUCUACAACAAGGUGAGGACAGGCCAGGUGCCCAACUGCGCUGUGCCCUGCUACCAGCCAUCUUUCAGCCCGGACGAGCGCACGUUCGCCACCUUCUGGAUCGGCCUUUGGUCGGUGCUCUGCUUCAUCUCCACCUCCACCACCGUGGCCACCUUCCUCAUCGACAUGGAGCGCUUCCGCUACCCUGAGCGCCCCAUCAUCUUCCUGUCGGCCUGCUACCUGUGCGUGUCGCUUGGCUUCCUGGUGCGCCUGGUCGUGGGCCACGCCAGUGUGGCCUGCAGCCGUGAGCACAGCCAUAUCCACUAUGAGACCACAGGCCCCGCCCUGUGCACUGUCGUCUUCCUGCUCGUCUACUUCUUCGGCAUGGCUAGCUCCAUCUGGUGGGUCAUCCUGUCUCUCACCUGGUUCCUGGCAGCCGGCAUGAAGUGGGGCAACGAGGCCAUCGCAAGCUAUGCGCAGUACUUCCACCUGGCUGCCUGGCUCAUCCCCAGUGUUAAGUCCAUCACGGCGCUGGCCCUUAGCUCCGUGGACGGAGACCCAGUGGCCGGCAUCUGCUAUGUGGGCAAUCAGAACCUCAACUCGCUGCGGGGCUUCGUGCUGGGCCCUCUGGUGCUCUACCUGCUGGUGGGCACCCUCUUCCUCCUGGCCGGCUUCGUGUCACUCUUCCGCAUCCGCAGCGUCAUCAAGCAGGGUGGCACCAAAACGGACAAGCUGGAGAAACUCAUGAUCCGCAUCGGCAUCUUCACGCUGCUCUACACCGUGCCUGCCAGCAUCGUGGUAGCCUGCUACCUGUACGAGCAGCACUACCGUGAGAGCUGGGAGGCGGCCCUCACCUGCGCCUGCCCGGGCCCCGACGCCGGCCAGCCGCGCGCCAAGCCCGAGUACUGGGUGCUCAUGCUCAAGUACUUCAUGUGCCUCGUGGUGGGCAUUACGUCGGGCGUCUGGAUCUGGUCCGGCAAGACGCUGGAGUCGUGGCGCCGCUUCACCAGCCGCUGUUGCUGCCGCCACUCGCGGCGCGGCCACAAGAACGGCGGCGCCAUGGCCGCAGGGGACUACGCUGAGGCCAGCGCGGCGCUCACCGGCAGGACAGGGCCACCCGGCCCCGCCACCGGCGCCGCUGCCUAUCACAAACAGGUGUCCCUGUCACACGUGUAGGAAGCCCUGCGGCUGGGAGUUGAGGGGAAGAGAGGAGGGUGUUGUGUGCGGUGGCUUAGCCAAGGUCACUUCCGUUUACCUGCGUGGUGCUGAUGCCCCCUCCCGGGGUAGCUUGGAGACGGGGGAGUCCUUGUCCCUGUUCUCAGAGGGGCUCAGCAUUCUCCCUUGGGUUUCUUGCUGCCUUCUUUGGAGGAGCCCUCUUUUUUAAUUUAUAUAUCUUCUCCCCCCCCCCCCUUAAUUUUUAACUUUGUUGCAUUUUGGCAACAAUACCUACCUACCUUUGCUGUUGGGUGGUGGGGGAGGAGGGACUUUACAGUCUGAAAGCUCGCCUUGUAGCCAAGGUUCACUUGGUUCAGGUUUCUUUUCCAACCUUAUGGUCUUAACGUCGGGAAAAUCUGU